UAACCUACACCUUAUCACAUAAGUCAUUUUUAAGAUAUCUGUUAAUAUUUAAUCCAAAUCGGAUAAUUAUUCAGCGCAGUAUCAGUUGAAACAUGGCUGUGCUUGGAUUUGUUGUGGUUUUAGGCCUUUUGGCUGCGUGUUCAGCGCUGCCGGCUGACCCGAUCCUGCGCAAGUUGGACCCGGGCCUCCGCUACCAGUAUGUAGAAGCUGAUGAUGGAGAGCUAAGUCUUCAGGACAUGUGGAUGAGUGUGAGUGACCUGAAGGAGGCCGCGCGGUACGACCCGGACCGACAGAACAUCUACCAUUUGUUUACCAGAGACAACCCGACAGUCAGCCAGCCCCUGCUCCACGGCAGUGACGGUCUGCUCGGCAUCACCAACUACAACUCGCGGCGCCGCACCAUCAUCCUGGUGCAUGGCUGGAGAAGUGGCAUGACUUCAGACUUCAUCACCUCGCUGGUCCCUGCGUUCCUGCGCGCCGAGGACGUGAACCUGAUCGUGCUGGACUGGAACGCGGGCGCCGGCAGCAUCAACUACGCCACCGCCGUCACUAACACCAUCACUUGCGGUGAGAGCCUGGCCCGCUUCAUCAGCUGGCUGAACGCAGCCACCGGAGCCUCUCCCUUCCAGUACCACCUGGUGGGACACUCGCUCGGCGCCCACCUCAUCGGGGUAGCUGGCAGGAAUCUGGGAGGACAACUGGCUUACCUUACUGGUCUGGAAGCGGCCCUGCCCGGCUUCAUCACCAACGAUGACAGAUUCCGACCGGACGACGCUCGAUACACCGAGGUGAUCCACACCAACGCCGGCGUGCUGGGCUACCUGACGGAGCUGGGCCACGUGGACUUCUACCCCAACGGGGGCGUCAACAUGCCCGGCUGCAGCUCGCAGGAGUGCGACCAUGCCAGGUCAUACUUCUACCUAGCCGAAUCCCUGACCACGGGAGGGUUCACGGGCACCCGCUGCGCGUCCUACGCCGGCGCGCUCACCGGCAACUGCCUGUUGUGGGGACGCCUGCAGAUGGGCGGGCUCGUGCCUAAGACUGGGUCUUCCGGCAUUUACUACCUGGAAACCAACGCUUCUCCUCCAUUCUCCAAGGCUUGAGAAGAUAAAAUCAAACUGAAAUAUGAAUACUGAAUACUGGGUAUGCCAGUAAAAUAAACGCAUAUUUGUAAAAAAUAA